UGUUUGCUCGCUCCGCUCCGUCACGACCGCGCGCGCCACACGCACCGUAGCUUAGCCCGCCCACAAAGACCAGGCGUAAAAAUCCACCGUAUAAGACCACCGCCACACGCGGCGCCAAACGAAUCAACCAGCAUCGCCGCGCGCCAUCGCCCACCUGACUACCUGAGAUCAGCUAAGCUAAGCUAAGCUUGCUUCCGCGCCAUGGCGACCGUCGGGCCGUACGGCGAGGCCGAGAAGAACGAGCCGGCGAGGCCGCUCGCGCUCCCGUCGCCGUCCGUCCACCCGGCGGCCAACGACGACGAGGAGGCCGCCCGCGCGGCGGCGGCGGCGGCGGGGGACACCGCCGCCAACAAGCGCCCGCGCUCCCCGCAGUACCUCCGCAGGCGGCGCUGCGUGAUCUGGUGCGGCGGCUGCUGCGUCACCUCGGCGGUCGUCGUCGGCAUCGUCAUCCUGGUGCUGGCGCUCACGGUGUUCAAGGUGAAGGACCCGGAGCUGACCAUGAACCGCGUCACGCUGGAGGGCCUCGACGGCGACCUCGGCACGUCGAGGCACCCGGUGUCCGUGAACGCCACGCUCAACGCCGACGUCUCCCUCCGGAACCCCAACGUGGCGUCGUUCCGGUUCGACCGCAGCGAGACGGACUUCUACUACGCCGGGGAGACCGUCGGCGUGGCGUACGCGCCCGAAGGCGAGGUCGGCGCCGACAGCACCGUGCGGAUGAACGUCACGCUCGACGUGCUCGCCGACCGCAUCUCCCCCAACGUCAACGCCACCGACCUCAUCUUCGGCCAGGGCUACAACCUCACCAGCUACACGGAGAUCAGCGGGAGGGUGAACGUGCUGGGGAUCUACAAGAGGAACCUCGACAUCAAGAUGAACUGCUCCAUCACGCUGGAGGUCAGCGCCCUGUCCACCGUGCAGAGCAAGAGCACGAACUGUGUCGCCAGCGUCAGCUGAUCGCUCGCUCGCUCGCGAGAUGGGAUUUGGGGAUCCAUCGAUCGUGUUCUAUAAUUAUAAUCUCUUGGUGGGCUGAUAUUUUCGUGUCACUUAGAUUUAAUUACUUGGGGUUUUUUUUCUGUAUUAAUUAAACUUGGAUUCUUGUGUGAUUGACUUUUUGAGUUAUUAUUAUAUGAGUUCAAAUGGCAAAAA